GGCAGGCGUACGCCGGCGUGCUAAGGGAGCGGACCUUGUUGUGAGUUGUUGCUAGGAGACUGAAAACCAAGCUCAAACAAACACGAAGCAGCAAAACGCCGUCAGGAGACCUCGAUUUUCAUCUGCACAUAGGUUGAAUCUGUCACUGAGGGGUGUGGAUUUCAAUAAACCAAAGUCAUGCCGAAGAAAGCAGCUAAGAAAGGUGGAGGAGGUAAAGUGUCCCGGCUGACGGAGGAGGAGAGGCUGCUCCUCCUGCAGCAGAGGGCCCAGGCAGAGGAGGAGCAGGCCAGGAGGAAGGAGGAGAUGCUGAAUAAGUUCCUCAAGGACAAGCUGCAGAAGGAGGAGAGGAACACUGUGGUCAACCUGUUGAAGGUGAACCAGGGGUGGCGUUCUAUUCUCCGUCAGACUAAAUCGGUCGAGCUUCAAAGAGAUGUUGCUGAGCUCAGGCAGAGCUUUGAGCGCACGCUCGACUGCAAGGACAGCAUCAUUAAGUGUCUGGUGAAGGACCUGAGCGAGGCGGAUGAGCAGGCGAUGCGGGCGCGGCGCUCUCACCUGCAGUGUUUGGAGCGUCUGCAGGCCCUGCAUCAGCACCGGCUGGCAGAGCUGCAGCAGCAGUGGAGCAGCAGCCUGCAGCAGCUGAGCAAAGACUUCAACUCUGACAGGGAGCAGCAGGUGGCGCUACAGCAGCAGCAGUGUGAGUACCUGCAAGAUGUGUGCUGUGCCAUGCAGCAGCAACACAGCGCGCUGGAAACCGAGGCUCAGGAGGAGUACCAGAGCUCCUGUGACGGCAUCAAAAACAGGAGCAAUGAGGAGAAGCCGGCGCUGCAGGCCCGGUGGCAGGACGAGGCUGAGGCCUUGUGGCGUCAGGCCGAGGAGAUUCUGUCCAAAUACGACAAGAAGGCCGAGGAACGCCACACCACUUUCAAGGAGAUGUCUGCCCGUGACCAGGACUUGGUCUGCGAUAUGAGGGCAAAGCUGGGCUUUGGUCAGAGGGAGGCUGAGGUGUUGGCUGGUGGGCUGGCAGCCCGCAGGGAUGAGAUAGCUCAGGGGACCCGGCAGCUCCAAACUCAGAUAACUCAAAAUCAUUUGGCAGCCAGGAGACGGCUUGCCGAGCUCUGCACCAGAAGCACUGCUGCUACCAAGAGACUGCAGAGCAUCAUUGCCAAGGGAGAGAAAAUUCUGCGUCUUGCUGAAAUGUGCCGGAAGCUGGAAAGUCAGCAUGAAAAAGUUUUGCCAUUCUUCACUUCCUCUCUGACUGCAGAGGAACAGAGCCAGGUCGGUCAGAGAGCACUUGAGCUUCCGUCUGAGGAACUGGCAAAGGAUAUGCAGAACUAUGCAGACCUGGAGCGUUUCUGGCAGCGCCACAACAAGGUUGUGCUGGAUGUUCAAAAUCUGAAGCAAGACAAGAAGCUCCUGAUGGCAGAGAGGCAGCAGCUGCAGGCCCUGCUGCAGCAGCAUGUCAACAGCUUCUCUGUCAGUAAGGAGACGCCUGACCACACCAGUCAGACCAGCCGUCUGCUGCUGGUGUCCAAGCCGAGCAUCGCCACCACCAUGGCUGCAGGCAGACAGGGCAAGCGCCACACCGUCAUCGAAGCUGCACAUGUAAAACAGUAUGCACUGUAACGUACCACACAAACAUCACCCGUUCUACAGUGCUGUUUGUAUUUUGUUCAAGUUUAAAGGAAGAUUAAAUUGUUUUA